AUUGUGGUUCGACCAAUAGAAGCACAGCUCCAUCUUGGCUGUGCACUAGACUGCAUUACAAACAGACGAUACCAUCGCUUCAACAGCAUCCUCUCAGACAAGAGCCACUAUUUCCUGAUUCAGAUCAACAGAUAAACUGUCAACAAAGUUUAAAGGAGGGGAAACAGGAGACAGAAAUACACUGAACCAAAAAGAUUCAAAAGAGGAAUAUAAGAAGUGGAAUCUCUAAGAAUGGCUUCCAGCCUCUGGAAUGAAACCACUACCUCUGUUUAUCAGUACCUUGGUUUUCAAGUUCAAAAAAUUUACCCUUUCCAUGACAACUGGAACACUGCCUGUUUUGUCAUCCUGCUUUUAUUUAUAUUUACAGUGGUAUCUUUAGUGGUGCUGGCUUUCCUUUAUGAAGUGCUUGACUGCUGCUGCUGUGUAAAAAACAAAACCGUGAAAGACUUGAAAAGUGAACCCAACCCUCUUAGAAGCAUGAUGGACAACAUCAGAAAACGUGAAACUGAAGUGGUCUAACACUCUACAGAAGAUGAACAAAAUCUCUGAAAGCAGCUCAACCUCUUCCGAGAAAAAAAAAUCUUCUGAAGCCAACUGUUGCUACAAAACAAAUUCUGACUGAAAAGUUAAAAGAUUUCUAGUACAAGAGGAAAAACAAGUUAAAUAUGCACUGUUUCUGUGUGUAGCCAUGUCAUUAAAUAUACAGUAAAACUUCAAAAAUGUGAAUUUAUCAAUCUGUUUAAUACUGACACUUCGAAAACUGGAUAAAAGAUUCCUAGAGUUCAAUAUUAAACAGCAAAAGAAAGCUAAGCUGGAAAACACAAGCAAGGCUAAUGAUGCUAAGAUAAUUUUAUACCUAACCAAUUCACGUAGAC